AUGAGGCGAGAACCGGGUGACGGUGAUGACAAGCCCAAGACGAAGUCGAAAUCCAAGGAGAAAUCAUCCCUCAAGUCCCAAUUGUCCGGCAAUUUCCUCCGGAGCAUCACGGAGCUCGUGAUCCGGCACAAAGGGGAUGAACCCAGCCAAGCCUCCACCUCAGGAUUGGCAGCAGGUUCGGAAGAGCAGGCCGGAGGUGAGAGCGGGGAGAGAGAAGCAAAAGAGCAGCAGCAGGAGCAGCCGCAGGAGAAGCCGCAGAGGGAGAUGACCGAGGAGGAGCAGAAGCGCGAGAGGCGGAAGCAGGCAGCUGAGCGGAUUAUGAACAGACUAAGUAAAGAACCACCACCUGCACAGGGAAUUCCAGGUCCCUUGGCGAACCCGGCGGCUCUGGGCAGGAGAAUGUCGUUGCCUUCAAAACCAGCGCAUAGAGUACGGAAUGGAGCCGUUGCUGCUGGUUCUGCUGCUGGUACCGCUGCUGGUUCUGUUGCUGGUUCUGCUGCUGGUGGGGCCCGGAGGCACCCCCCACAUGCCAGGCGAGCUCCAAGCGAGCGUGGGAAGAGAGGAGGUGUUGAGAGCUGUGCAGAUGGCGGGAAAGGUGUUGCUGGUGGUGGGGAUGGUACCAGUGCCGGCGGCAAGUGUGCUGAGAGUGUGGAAGGUCCUUCUGUUGGUUCGGAUGCCGCUGCUGCUACCGUUGGUUCUGAGAAUGCGAGUGGCAUUGCUGAUGGUGCUGCGGAUGGCGGUGUGGGAGGAAGUGCGAUAGGUAGCAGCAGCAACGCAGCUCAACCCGAUCAGCAGCCACAGCAGGUUCAGGAACAGCAGCAGCAGCAGGAGCAGGAAGUUCAGGCCCAGCAACUCGAUCCCGCCUCCUCCGCCGCAGCUCCAGUGACCCACGCGCGCGGGGAGCCCCCGUCCCCAUCCCCCGCGUCCUCCUCGUUCACCCCCGUCUUUGCCCGCUGCCCUGCCAAGAUCUGGAGCAACCCGGACGAGGAGGACAGCUCUGGGGAGCAGAGCGACGGCGGAGGGGGAGAAGGUGAGGGGAGCGUCGGGGGGACCACGGGCGGAGGCGGAGGCGGAGGCGGAGGCGGAGGCGGAGGAGGAGGCGGAGGCAGUGGGAAUGGGGAGGAAGGAAUCAGGGGCACGGGUGAUACGUUGACGGAUGGCGAGGGGGGAGUGGGAGAGGAGGAGGAGGAGGAUGAGCAGCCGACGGGGUUUCCGAAGCUGCUUCCGGGGAAGGCGGACGUGCUUGUGUUGACGGACGAAGGGGAUGCGCUGCACGGGGAGAUAGACACGGGCGAGCAUCAAGGCACGAACCCGCUGGAUAUGACCAAGUUCAAGCGGCUUCUGUCGCAGGUGUAUGGGCUGGAUGAGGCGGAUUUCCGGCCGAAGAACUGGGGGAAGGUGCUGGAAAAUGAGGGGGGGUUUGGGGGUAGUGAGGAGGAUGGGGAUGGGGAUGAUGAUGAUGAGGAUUUGAAGAGGAGGGAUCCGAGGUUGGAAGACCCGCAGUUGCAGGAGAUUUUGACUCAGGAGCUGAUGAAGUUUCUGCGGAGGAAUAUGCGUGGAGGGAAGGAGGAGGAGGAAGAUGAGGAGGAUGGAGAGGAGGAGGGGGAUGAGGGGGAGGGGUUGAGUUCAAGAGGGAAGGAUAGUGAGAGCAGCGGGUUUCACAAGGGACGGGGGCGAGAGAGGGACAGCAGUGAUAGUGAGAGCAGCGGGGUCCACAAGGGACGGGGGCGAGAGAGGGACAGCAGUGAUAAUGAUGAUGAUGAAGAGGAGGAGGAUGAUGAGGCGGUUGAUAAUGGCUGGGGGGAUGAUUGUUUGGGGCUGGCAUCACGAGUGAGGGAUGAUGAUGAUGAUGAUGACGAUGACGAUGACGAUGGCCAUGGGUCUGAUGUUGAUCGAUCGGAUAGUCGUCACUCGCGAAGGAGACACGCGUCAGAUAGUGAGCAGGAGGAGGAAGAGGAGGAGGAGGAAGAAGAAGGAGAAAGAGGAGGUAGGGGCCGGAUGAGGCGAGACGGGGUUUCUCGUAGGGAGCUAAGGAGUGGAGAGAGACGUAGGGAGGGGAGAGGGGGAGAGUCCGGGAGGAGGGAGCAGAGGAGGAGUGAGCGGAGGAGGAGUAGGAGUGUUUCUGAUAGUAGGAGCAGGAGCAGGAGCAGGGGGUCAUUGGAGUCUGAUCAUGGGGGUGGAGGGAGAGGGAAGAGAGUGGGAAGACGAAGAGGUAGGGCGGAUGACCAUUGGGAAGAGAGGGACAAUGAUGAGGAUGAGGAGGACGAGGAGGAGGACGAGGAGGAGGAAAAGGAGGAGGAGGAGGUGAGGGGAAACCGGAACAGACGUGAGAGAAGAGGGGAUAGAAUCGAGGAGGGAUCAGACGCCGAUGAGAGGGGCAGGUGGGGCAGGAGGAGGCGGGGAGCGGACGCGGGUGAUGAGAGCGGGAGGGAGGAUCAUAGCGAGGACGGGAGGGAUGCUUAUAGCGAGGACGGAAAGGAAGAGCUUAGCGAGGAUGGGAGGCGGGAAAGUGAUUACGAGGGGAGGAGAAGCGAUGGGGUGAAAAGGCGGGGGAGGUUGGAGGGUGUUGGGGAAAGAGAUCAAAGAGCGGGAAUGCAUAGGGGAAAGCACAGCCGUGGGGACAGGGGUGGCAGUGACUGUGAUUUGGGGGGGUACAGUGACCUGGACAGUGAUGGGCAUGUGAGUAGCGACCAUGAGCGUAGCGACCAUGAGCAAGCCCAGGGUAGAGCGAGGGAGAGGGAUAAGGGUAGGAAUCGGGAGGAAGAGAGGGUGAGAGAUAGGGCACGGGGUAAGGGUGGGAAUAAGGGUGAAAAAGAAGGUCCAUCCAGAGAUAGGCGCAGAGGCGGCGGGGAGAAGAGGAAGGGUGAGAAGGAGCGGAGAGGGAGGAACGAGAGGAGGAGGAUUGAAGAGGAGGACGAAGACAGCACUGAUGGUAACAGUGGCAGUGAUGAGAGUGGUAGCAGCAGUGGCAGUGAUGGGAGUGACCGGGCUCGCAGGAGAGAGGAUCGGGGUUACAGGAGACCGAGCAGGGAGAGGGCUGGAAGAGGCGGGAGCAAGGCCAGAACGGAAAGACAGCUUGGUCGAGAUAAUGAGGCGAAUCCGCAGCGCAAGGGACGGAGUGAAGAGGCCAAGAGAGACGGGGGAAAGAAGGGGGAGGAAAAGAAAGGAGGCAAGAGGAGGGAGGGUAAGAGGGAGGAGGGCAAGAGAGAGGAGGCGAAGGAGGGAAGAAGAAGCAGGGUGAGGGGCGAGGAGGAGUUGGAGGGCGAUGCAGACAAGGAGAAAGAGCUCAAGAAAAGGCAUGAGGAGGUUGAUACCAAGGGAGUGGCCUCUGGGAAACCUAAACAAGAUAGUGAAUCUAAGAAGGAUUCCAAGUCGAAACAGGAGAUCAAAUCCAAACAGGACAGCAAGUCGAAACAGGAGAGCAAGUCUCAACAGGAGAGCAAGUUCUUGUCUUCUCUGGACAUUCGGGAAGAGAUUCGGAAGCUCUCUGGGGACGAUGCUCUGCGCAUUCUGCUCAGCGCCCGCAACUCGUUCAAACGCGAACAGCAGCACCAGCAGCAGCUGAGGCAGAGACAUGCAGUUGAGGGAGGUGAUGCUACUGUUUCCGCUGCUGCUGGUGCUGCUGGUGAAGGUGGGGGUGCCGGGAAGGUGGCAGAGCUAGGGGUAGGGAUGGAAGGGGAGAGGUUGCUAGAAGCGAAGCUGCUGCGUUGCCUGACUAAGGUACACCAGCAGGUGGUUGCUGGCGUGCCUGAGACGAUUGAGGAAGGGGACGAGGAGGAGGAGAGUGAGGAGGAUGGAGAGGCAAGAAUGGCAGAGGAAGAGGAAGGGGAGGAGGACCUGUAUGAUGUGGGGGGGGAGGAAGAAGGACAGGAUGAGGGACUGUGGGAGGAGGGGGUUGAAAGGGAAGAGGCGCACGAGGGGGAAGAGGUGGAAUUUUCCUCAGCUGAGAGCGAGAGUGAGGGUGAGGAAGGAGUGGAGGUGCAAGCAGAGCGUGGUGGUGGUCGUGUUGGCUGGAGGGAUACGAGUAUUGGUGAUGAUGAUGAUGACGACGGGGCGUAUGGGGACGAGGAGGGCGAGGAAGGGGAGCCGAGGCCGCACAGAGAGCGAAGAGGCAGAACCCAUGCCCAUAGCAGGUCGCAGAUUGCAGGUGCUGCCGGUGCUGCCGGUGCUGCCGGUGCUGCCGGUGCUGCUGGAGUGGCCUCUGCUGCUGCUGCUGCUGCUGCUGCUGCUGCUGCUGCUGCUGCUGGUGCUGCCGGUGCUACUGCUGCUGCAGUGGAUUCUGCUGCUCCCGUGUCUCCUCACCGUCAUCCUCCUGCCAGGGCGAGGCGGCAGAAGAGCAAGAAGAGUAGCGGCAGAAACAGCAUGCCUUUGCCUCCUCAAACCAUGCCCGUGCCUUCCUCCCCCAUGCCUCCUACCAUGCCUCAAGCACCAUUAGCAGCAGCCGGAGCAGCAGGAGCAGGAGGAGUAGGGUAUGUGCAGGGAAGCAUGCUGUCGCCUGCAGUUGCAGGGGUGCAGUGGGGUUCUGAGGCGUCUCACAGCGGCACUCCCACUAUCUCCAGGCACGCACCAACUCCCACUUGGGGUAGUGCUUCUCCUGCGGCAGCAGCAGCAGCAGCAGGCAUGGGUGGUGGUGGCAUAGGUGGGAACCAGCAUAUUUGGCGGCAGCGGUCCACUAGCCAUGCUGACAUGCUGAGAGGGGGUCAUACAGACAUGUUGAGAGGUAGCCAUGGCGACAUGCUUUCGCCUGCAGCAAGAGCAGGAUCAGCUGCGCUUCUCUCACCAGUAGGAGCAGCAGGCUUGUCAGCAGCAGGCGUUACAGCAGCAGCAGCAGCAGGCAUGGCAGCAGCAGCAGCAGGUGUGUCAACAGCAGGGGGCACAGGGUCUGGGCUUCAAGCCUCCACCUUGGGAUCUCCGCUCCCCAUGCCCGCCUCUCACUCCAGGCUGCAAAAGACCUCCUCGGACGCGCCCAGGCGGCUGCAGGAGCUGCUGCAGUUCAAGAUGGUGCAGAGCGGUGCAGCAGGCGGAGGCAGGGGUGCAGGAGGAUUAGGAGGGGGUGCCGGGUCCGGUGUGGCAGCCAGUAUGGUUCAGGGCAGUGUUGAUUUUUCUCGGGGGAUGAUGGGGGGAGGGGGUGUGCUGGGAGGGGGUGUGCCGGGAGGGGGUGUGCCGGGAGGGGGUGUGCUGGGAGGGGGUGUGCUGGGAGGGGGUGUGCUGGGAGGGGGUGUGCUGGGAGGGGGUGUGCUGGGAGGGGGUGUGCUGGGAGGGGGUGUGCUGGGAGGGGGUGUGCUGGGAGGGGGUGUGCUGGGAGGGGGUGUGCUGGGAGGGGGUGUGCUGGGAGGGGGUGUGCUGGGAGGGGGUGUGCUGGGAGGCGGUGCGCCCGGAGGGGGUGCGGCGAGUUUUGAGACGUCUCUGAACUUGGUGCAGGGAGGUGUGGAGUUUUCCCGGGGGAUGAUGGGGGGAGGGGGUGUGGUGGCAGGAGGUGUGGUGGGAGGGGGUGACGGGGUGGCGAGUGGUGCGGGAAGGGGAGGGGGAGUGGGGAGAGGAGGUGGUGUGGGAGGUGGGAUUGGGAGGGUGGGAGGAGGGAUUGGGGGAGUGGGAGGUGGGAUUGGAGGGGUGGGGGGUGGGAUUGGAGGGGUGGGAGUAGGUGGAUCUCCCAAGAAAGGGAUGAAGGUGGGGGGGCAAGGCGGAGAGAUGUGCGGGGACAGCAGGCACAUGAUCGCUGCAGGGACGGAUGCUGCCGCUUGUUACCAAGAUGAUGGUGGCUAUGGGGUUGGGUAUGAUGGUGGGGAUGGUGGUUAUGUUAGAACUGGUUACGGUGACGGUUACGUUGAGGAGUACCAUGGUGGUUACAAAGAUGCUGGUUACAAUGACGGUGGUUACAACGAUGCCGGUUACAAUGCUGGUCGUUCCGAUGAUGCUGGUUACCAGGAUGAUGGUUACGAAGACGGUUACAAUGGCGGUGGUAUGGAGAGUGAAGAAGCCAUGGGGAUUCAGAGGUCCUUCACAGCAGAUGGGCGAAAUGCCAAGCUGCAUUCACAGCUGCACACACAUCCCGAGGAGUCUACACCCGUGACAGUGCAGCGCGCAUAUACAGUAGACGGCCGCUCGUCGAGACUUGUAGCGGAGCAGACUGUAAUGAGGAAAUCUGGCCUGGGUCCUUCAAUGGGUGUACCCAGUGGUGUGGUUACCGUAGGUACAGUGGGUACAGUGGGUACAAUGGGUGCGGUGGAUGAAGGUUUGAGAAGCAAGGGGAGGAAAAAGAAGCCAACGCGCAGUGGGGGGAAAUCAGUAGGGAGGAUGGGUCCAAACGAGAACGAUGGUCCGGUCUGGGAGGAGGAGAGGAUGGAGGAGGGGGCUGUGGGAAGGAGAGGAGGAGCGGGGGGUAUGGCAGUGGGGGGAGGAGGAGGGGGUAUGGAAGUGGGGGUAGGAGGAGGUGGUAUGGCAGUGGAUGAGGAUAUGUAUGGUGAUGUGGGGGAGGAGGCGGUCGAUGAUUUGUAUGGUCCAGUUGCUAGUGAGGAUGUUAUUGGGGCGCAUGGAGCAGAGCACGAGGGGGUAUUAGAGGAGGUAGAGGGUGAGGAGGAGGACUUGUACGGUACAAGAGACGAGGAGGAGGAAGAUGAGGAGGGAGAGGAGGGGGAGGAGGACGCAGAGGAGAGAGGACACUUGAUUCCAACAGCGGGAGGUUUUCCGGCAGGAGGGUUCAAAAAGGGGGUUCAGGGGUACAAGGGAGGAACAGCAGGGUUGUUAAGAGACAAGCAGAAGCGCCGUUCCUCUGUUGCAGGCUCCUUUGCUGCUGCUGCUGCCGUCGCGGCUGCCGCUGCUGGUGCUGGUGCUGGUGCUGCUGCCAGCGUGGGUGCUGCUGCUGCUGCUGCUGCUGCUGCUGGUGCUGCAAGCAGUGGCACCGAAGAGUCUCUGUCUCGAGCCCACAGCCAGCCAGCCGAGGCAUUCCAUGCAGCCAUGCUCUCCCCCUCCAACUCCAUCGCCUCUGCUCCCUGCUCCUCCCCGCCUUCCUCUAUCUCACGGUUCAAGCCCAAGGCACCCAAGAUCCGCGCCAGCAGGGGACAGAGUUCACUGGGUGACUGCUUGGGGCCAGGGUCUAGGGUUAGCAGCACAGGCUUUAGGGAUAGUGCAAGCAUGGGCUUUAACAGCAGUGCAGGUGCAGGCUUUAAGGACAGCAUGAGUAUGGGGUACGGCGAAGGUGGCAGUCAUGGCCGUUAUGAUAGUAUGAGCUCGGGCUUUAAGGAUAGCAUGAGUAUGGGUUUCACUGACAGUAUGAGCACUGGGUACAGUGAAAGCUCGGGCUUUAAGGACAGCAUGAGCGCGGGGUACAACGAGCAGGCAGAAAGAUGGCAAGGGGCGGCUACGAGUGGGGAGGGCAUUUACCCUGGAAAAGCAGGAAGCAGGAGCACCAGGCGCAGUGCAAGUGGGAGGAACAUAAGCUCUUUUGCUGCUUCGCCUGCAGCUGGAACGAGCCGGAUCGUAAGUGAUAGUGUAGGGAUGCGGGAUGCCGGCUCUGGAGCUGGAAUUGGUGGGAAACGCGGUGGUAAGAAAAAGGUAGUUCAGUAUGAGGUGGAGGAGGAUUUGUUUCCUGUGGAGCCGGAGGACAACGGUAGUGAUAACAGUUAUGUUUAUGAUGAGUAUGCUGGUCACGGUACCAGUACGAGCGGGGAUAGUGGAGGUCCCUAUGUUGGUUUUCGUUAG